CUGCAUGCCGACGAUCAUAUUUGACAUUGUCACAUUUUGACUGAAAACAAUGCAAUAAAACAAACCACGUAAAAAAACAUAAAACGACAACAAUCGCAAAUACAAGAAAAAUGUGCACAGUAACGACAGUGAAAGGUGAAAUCGACAUUCAGCGUCUGCCCGUCAAUUCCGAGGAGUACGAGUCGUCCGGAUGGCUCUUCAAAUACACCAAAUCUCACAUUCUGCACUCGAUCUGCCCGUCUGGCGACAAAUGCAAGGAUAAUGAUGAAAACGCCUGUCUAUUAUGCCGGUACACGAACGCGUUGCAACUGCCUCAUUUGCCCGAAAUGGUUUUUCCGAAUAAUGUCCUGACGAUUGUUCACCCGUCCGGUGGCAAUGUGGAAUUCAGUGCGCUGGAAGCGCUGAAAAAGGUGUGUAAUGGAAAACUGCCUCUUAAAGUAGCUUGUGCUGAUGCCUGGCAAGAAACUAGAUCUGCUGAGAAUUUAGAACAGAAAAUCAAGCCAUUUGAUUGGACUUUCAGCACUGAUUACAUGGGUACAGUAUCACAAAAUGCAAAAAUAACAGAGACUGAGGAAAGGAUAGAUAUUGAAAAACUGAAAGCCAAAGAGAAGAUAUUGUUUUAUCAGGAGUUAAUGCUGUAUGAAGAUGAAUUACAUGAUAAUGGAAUAUCUUCAUGCACUAUCAAAAUUAGAGUUAUGCCAAGUAGCUUCUUCAUUCUGCUCAGAUAUUUCCUGAGAGUUGAUGGUGUAAUGGUCAGAAUAAAUGAUACAAGAUAUUUUCAUGAUUUCACAACAAACUACAUACUGAGAGAAUACACAAAUAAAGAAUGUGGUGUGGAUCAAUUAAAAUUGCCAUUGACUAUGUUUGGGGACCCUAAUAUGUUGUCACCUCAUAUGCCUUUGAGAACAGGAAUUUAUCACAAAAUUACUUUUGAGGAUAAUUCCAGUGCCACCUCAAACACUCAAGUUAAUUAAGUUACUUUUAAGCUAAAAUACUAAGAAUUAUUUGUAAUUUUUAAUAAAAAAAAAAAUAA